AAAUCAUUAAUGUUAACAAAAAAAUUAUUUUUAUUAAUAUUAUUUGAUUAAAAACUAAAUAUUAGUAAGUGAAACAUAAAUGCUCCAUAUAUUAGAGUAAUAGUUUUUGUCCAAUAAUUAGGCCUUUAAAAUUGAAAACAUUUGAAUUAAAAUCCUGUUAUAAUAGUAUAAAAAUGUUAUUGAACCGUUUGAAGAAACAAAUUAGUGCCCUUCCUUCGUCGUUCAAGUCUUUAUGUCGAUUGUCAACGCUUCAAAAUGAGAAGAACACAUUAGCGAAGAGUGAAGAAACACCUAUGGUUUAUGGUGGCUAUACAAAUUUAAGACAAGCGUGGGUAUCAACUUUAGAUAGUAUUAAGGAUAAUCCAUCUUCUAUUAUUAAUUUACACCCUCAAGUUUUUGGAUCUAGACCUCGAAUUGAUUUGAUUCAUGAAAAUGUAGUUUGGCAAAGGAAGUAUAGAUUUGUGAGUUAUGCUCAUACAAAAGUUACAGCAGAAGUUAAUAUGAGUGGUAAAAAACCUUGGCCGCAAAAAGGUCAAGGAAGAGCCAGACAUGGUACAAGAAGAUCUCCUCUUUUUAAAGGAGGAUCUGUUAUACAUGGUCCUCGUUCUUGUACAACCCAUUUUUAUAUGCUCCCAUUCUUUAAAAGAGUGUAUGGACUUACAUCAACUUUAUCUAUUAAAUUAGCACAAGAUGAUUUACAUGUUGUAAAAGAUUUAGAAAUACCAACUGAAGAUCCAAGCUACAUCAAUGAUUUAACUGAUUUUAGAUUAUGGGGACCAUCAGUUCUAUUUAUUGAUGAUACGGACACUAUGCCAAGGAAUAUUUCUCUUGCAUUGAAUGAAAUCAAACAUAUGAAUUUAAUGCCCGUUUAUGGUUUAAAUGUAUAUAGUAUGUUAAAACAUGAAACUUUAGUUUUAACUGUUGCUGCAGUUAAGAAAAUUCAAGAGAGAUUAUUAUAUCAAUUACAUAGACCAGAUAUUUUUAAACUUAAUAAAAAGUUUAUGCUAAAUCAGCAGAAUUAAAAAUAUUAAUUUUAAUUAUGUACUCAAAUAAAAAAUAUAAAUGUUCGUUUUUCUAAAGACAA